AGCGCUUGGAUUACCGGGCAGUCAACUGUCACCGCUCAUAACGGCACAGACCGGCGCCCUGCCCAGCACUCCUCUGCCGCGCGCACCGCCGGUCAUUAAUUCAUCUCAUAAAAAGGCAGACACCUGUGCAAAGCUGCCACCUUAGCAGCAUUUUAUUGAUUUUUAUUAUGGGUUUUAUCUCCGUGGAUGCACAAAAUAAAGUUUUUUUUUUCUUGACGCUGCGUUUAAUAGGAGCGCAAAAGCUGCGAGUCCGUCUCUGAGAAAGGACACCGAGCUCCUCUGGACCUCCUCAGCAUCCGUUUCUUUUACCGGGGCGGCUGUUUGUGAAAUCUGUUGAACGUUUCGCCUGCUAGAGGAAGAUAUGAAGUUAGCGUGCUCCCUUUGGAUCCUUUGGUUUCUCCUGGUGCGUAGGGGUGUGGGAGGUGCUGAGUCAAUCUCAGAUCCAUCACUCAGGCCUGGAAAUAGCAUGACAGAUGGACAGAGCCAGGCGGUGAGCCAGGGUCAAUAUGAAUGCCUUGAGCUAUCCAACAAAGACCACCAAGCAAACAGAACGGGUUUGUUCUGCGAACGCAUGUGGGAUGGCUUUUUGUGCUGGGACGAGACACCGGCUGGGAUGUCUGUCACACAAAACUGUCCAGAUCACCCUGACAUGGACCCAACUGAAAAAGUGACAAAAUAUUGUGAAGAAUUGGGUAACUGGGUCCAGGCAGGGUCAACCACUUGUCAACGGGCUUCGAAGAACAAGUUAGAGAAGGGAGUUCCCCAUUUUUUAAGGGAUGCUGCUGGAGAGCCGACCACAGAGGCCACAGGGGUUAACCCAGAAAAAAGAAGCGUUGUGGAAAAACUGAUCCUCAAGAAUGAAAGGAAAUGCUCAGAGAAAAUGAAGCAAGAUCCACCUUAUAACAAAUCAGGGCUGCACUGCAGUCGUAACUGGGAUGGUUGGUUGUGCUGGGACGACACUCCAGUGGGAACCUACGCCUCCCAAAACUGCCCCAAUUAUUUUGGCGACUUUGACCCCACACAAAAAGUAACUAAGUACUGUGGAGAGGAUGGUCAGUGGUUUCACCACCCAGAGUCCGAUAUGAUUUGGACCAACUAUACACUCUGCACAACCACCCAUGAGAAGAGACUGAGGAAACUGAAAAUGCUUGAGAAUGAGUACCAAUGCCUCCUGAAACUAAGUCGAGACCCACCUUUUAACAAAUCAGGGCUGUAUUGUAGUCGGACCUGGGAUGGCUACCUGUGCUGGGACGACACUCCAGCCGGAACCUUUGCCUCCCAGAACUGCCCAGAUUAUCUUUUUGACUUUGAUCCCACAGAAAAGGCAACUAAGUAUUGUGGAGAAGAUGGACAGUGGUUUCACCAUCCAGAGAGCAAUAGAACUUGGACCAAUUAUACACUCUGUGCUGUCAACACUAAGGUGAGGUUGAAGGCAGCCUCCCAUCUCUCAGAGGACACAGAGGUAGAGUUUGCUGAUGAGACCACAGUCAGCCCCCUGGUUAACCCAGAAGAACAGGAAAUUGUGAGAAAGAAAAUCCUUGACAGCCAGUACAAAUGCUUUGAGAAAAUAAAUCGAGAUGCACCCUAUAACAAAUCAGGGCUGCACUGCAGUCGGAACUGGGAUGGCUGGCUGUGCUGGGAUGACACUCCAGCGGGAACAUACACCUCUCAAAAUUGCCCCAAUUAUUUUGUUGACUUUGACCCGACAGAAAAGGCCACUAAGUACUGUGGGGAGGACGGGCAGUGGUUUCGCCACCCGGAUACCAACAGGACUUGGUCCAACUACACACUCUGCAACGAAAACACUAAGGCAAAGUUGAAGUCAGCGUACAUCCUGUUUUACAUGGCCAUUGUGGGUCACGCUUUAUCCAUAGCCUCCCUGCUCAUCUCUCUGGCCAUCUUCUUCUACUUCAGGAGUCUGAGCUGUCAAAGGAUCACCCUGCACAAGAACCUCUUCUGCUCCUAUGUACUCAAUUCAGCCCUCACCAUCAUCUCCCUCGUAGCAGUUGUCAAUAAUCCUGAAGUGGUGGGAAGAAACCCAGUUGGCUGUAAGGUGUUGCACUUCUUCCACAUGUACAUGCUGGGCUGCAAUUAUUUCUGGAUGCUGUGUGAAGGUAUCUACCUGCACACACUCAUCGUAGUGGCUGUGUUUGCAGAGGAGCAGCAUCUGCACUGGUACUACCUCCUGGGCUGGGGUUUUCCUCUAGUGCCUGCUUCCAUCCACGCCGUGGCAAGGAAAAAGUAUUUUGAUGACAACUGUUGGAUGAGUGUGGAAACCCAUCUGCUCUACGCGGUCCAUGGUCCAAUAGUGGCAGCGCUUCUUGUGAACCUCUUCUUUUUACUAAAUAUUAUAAGAGUGCUGGUGACCAAGUUGAGAGACACACACCGGGCAGAGUCCAACAUGUACAUGAAGGCAGUGAGAGCCACCCUGAUCCUGGUGCCCCUGCUGGGAAUACAGUUUGUCAUUAUUCCCUGGAGGCCAGAGAACCCCUUAGCUGGGGAGGUGUACGAGUACAUCAUGCACAUACUAAUGCACUACCAGGGACUACUGGUGGCAACAAUAUUCUGCUUCUUCAACGGAGAGGUGCAGGCAGCUCUAAAGAGACAGUGGAUGCAGUAUAAAACCCAGUGGGGUCAGAGACGAAAGGACCACUGCUCAAUGCGCUCCACGUCCUACACGGCCACCUCCAUCACCGAGGUACCCGCCUUCAUGUACCACCAUGACUGUAACAGCGAACACUUGAACGGGCGCAAUACGGAGGACUCUGAACUGGUGGCGUUAAAAUCAGGAGAGACGUAUGCUUGAACAGCCGAAGAAAUGUACAGUAGAAGGGAAAUCCGGGUCGCCCGCAAUAUCUCAGUGAUUAAAGCUCAGAGGAUGAUGCCCAAGACAAUGAUACGGGUCUGGAAAAAAAGAGCUUAUUGCAAUGGAAAUGGAUUAGCUGCAAGGCUGACACUUCAUUUUACUUUACAUUGCUGUUGCGGCUGCUUUCUAAGAACUUUGAUGUCAAGAACUUGUGGCAUGAGACAAGAGCUGCUUUUGACAUGUGUCACUUCUUAAAGCUGCUAAUACUGCGGAGCUUGUGCUGGUGUAGAGACAAAAAUAACUGUGAUGAAGGUUUGGGGCGGUGUUUCCUGUUAGAGACGAUGGUGCUGAAUGUAACAGUGAUGGCGAUAUUGGUUCUGAUUGACGUGAGGUACAGGUGAGUUGUGUUAAUGGUGUCAUGAUAAUGAUGAUGAAGUAGAAGAACCAAUCCUUCCUAACCUCACCUAUACCAAAGGGUACUGUAUGUUGGGCACAGCCAUGAAGGGGUGUACCAGAUCUAGCUGAGAACAGAUGUGGUACCCUAAAGCUAAAGACACACACACACACACACACACACACACCAACAAACUUCACAAACCUGAUCCUAUGUGCCAUGACAGAGGUCAUCGAUCAAAAAGCCCUCUGAGUUUGAAGCUCUGGAAUUGUGUACAUAAUGUAUGUUUAUUUUGAAAAAAAAAAGUGUUUAAAUGUUUUUAAAGGAUUUUAUUUUUGUUUUCUAUUAAUAUUUUAUUCUUGCCAAUUCUUAAGUACGUGCUAAGUGUGUGUCCUGUGAUGCUGCACUCCCAACUGCGUUGUUGUUUUUUGCAGUUGCUGUGUUUGUGCCAAUGCCGAACAUCACAGGGCUAAGAAGCAAAAAGUAAGCUAAAUGCACAAAACAAAUUCUAUAAAUUAAAAAAAACUUUAUUUUGAGGUUGACCAGCCACAAGAGCUGUUUCCCAUCAUAUGAGAUAAUUAUGUUCUCAGCUGUGCCAAUGAUUCUGACAGACAAGCAGUUUAUCUGUGUGGUCUGAUUUUACUCCCAAUCAUCCAUUGUCAUGCUUACGAUGCCUUUGAUCUAUCGCCUGUUUUUUCAAAGUGGUAGUCCGUCCUCCGUGCAUAUUUAUUCAUGAAUAUUGUAUCAGUUUGUAUGAAUGAACAUCCAGGGCAAAGAAAAGGCUUGCUAAAAAUAAAAUGAGAGAUAACAUCCA